AUGUCGACAGCGCAGCUACCCCCUCUGCAAUUUGACGAAGGCGGUCUCCAGAUCGUUCUCCUGCCCUCGCCCGACGACGGAGACGCUCGUUCUCUCAACGAGCCCUCGGCCGACAACUCUAGCCGCGACACCGAUAAUCACGAUAAAAUUGAAGACAACGGUGGUGGGUCAGCCCCUCCGCAAGAAAAAGAAGUGCAUCAUCGUGAACCAGAGCAAUACGACGAAAAGCCCCUUGAACCAGAAGCCAUACACCACCAACCUCUGUCAUCUUCAGAAGAGUCCGAACGAGACGUCGAGACCCCCCAUCCCUGGCAGGAAUCGCCCUCAACCGGAGACGACACUGCGCCGGAGCACCCGAUUCCAGCAUUCCAGGAUGCCUUUGCCGAAUCUCUGCGGGAAGUCACCGAGGGAACGGCUGCCCAGAAACCUCCACUGCAACAGCUAGACGCCAAGGCUCGCCGUGAAUUACUUCUCAGCCAAGGCAAGGACGAAGAGCCUUUUGAUGUCAAAUGGCGAUAUCGACCAGGACAAACCCAGCACGAGGUCAUGAAGCUAGUCGCCCAAAUCUCUUUUGGCGUCUACCUCAUGUUUAACGGCAUGGCAAACAGCAACACUCAGGUUAUCGGUAUUCUCCAGGGCCACAUUGACGAAAUCGACGAGUUUCUCGAAGUUGCUCUUGAAGACUUGAAACAGGCGAUAGAAGACUUAACAAAGCGAAUUCAGCACCUCAAGCUCCCCAUGGAGAACAUCACAGUCUUUGAGCAACUGCUCGAAGACCGCAAAUUCCGAGCCGAGAUUCUCGACGGAAAUGAACGGAUAGAUGGUAUUCUCACUCGGACCAAUGCGGCUAUGCGGCAAUGGGACGAUGAUAUCGAAGCUGGUCUUCGAGGCAGCACAGUCUUUUCCAGCUGGCUCAAUGACCAAGCUGGUGGCGACUGGCGCCAUGAGCAGCCUGACCUCGUCGACGUUUACGAUGCCAUGAAGGGUAACACUGAAGGAUGGCUCAAUGCUUUUGAAGAUAUGAAUGAGCGAGCACAAGAGAUCAAUGGUCUCAUCAUGACGCUCAUGACCAUUAUUACAGAGAUGGAGAGCAAAGCUGGCGAAGUGAGCCGAAGAACCUGGACUUCUGUCGCGCCGUUUUCUACCCCGACUGGAACAAUUCACUCGUCAUCAACUCACAAGACUGUCAAAGGCGCUUCUCCGUCCCCGCCACCCUCUCGCAACUCGCAUGCCAAAUCAUCAGUCAACACCUCUCUCAAUCAAGCAUAUAAUCCGAAUUCUUUGUCACUGACACCGAAUGAGUCCAACCAGGGAGAUGAAGAGUAUGACGAUGACGAGGAUGACGCUUUUUUCCCACUCCCAGGCGGUUUGCCCUUGCUGCCCCCGACUACAGCGCGUCACCGUGACACUUCAUCCAUCUCGUCGAAGCCGCGCUCAGAGACAAUUGCAGAGUCCCCCACGAUUCAGCCAGCAGAGACAUCGUUGGAGCGGGCAAGCAGCAAUGCCGCCCGUGACGAUACGUCUUUGUAUAUUCUCCAGCCGCGCACUUAUACCCCACAGCCUCCUGCUCCAGUUCCUUCUCCCAUGCUGAUAUCAUCACCUUCGUCUGCGGAGCCUGCGCCUCUUCGCAAACGAGCCUCUCUCCGCAAUCGUAUCCUGAAUCCUCCAACUUCAAUCCAAAUCCCGCCAACCUCCACUCCCGACUCUCCGCUUUAUGUGCCCUCGUCAUCUUUUGGGACUCCCCGGACUACCAGCUCGAUGCACGACCUGCGAAACUCGGAAACUGGCUAUAACCGCGCGCCGCCUCGGCCUCGCCAAGCCUCGCCCUUGGACACGCCAACCUCUGACCUGCGGACUUUUACGCCGUCGCCCUUUUCAGAGCAUCAAGCCUUCCAGCCUGUCCGAGCCUCACCGCAUUCACCUCUGCAGCAACGGCCACACACCGCCGCAGGAUCUCAAUUGCCUAGUGCCGGGCCCACGGCACACAAGCCGACACCGCUUGGCUCCAUGACGAGCAUGAAUAAUAUUUCAACUACACGGCCGCCGAUGGACCGGUUUAAUACCUCGAGCGGCGCGUCGCACAAUACCGAACGGCAGCUCAAGAAGAAGAAGAGCGCCUUUGGCUGGUUCAAAAAGGCCUUUACCAUGGACGAGGAGGAGCGCGCCGCAUUCGAAUCCCGCAAGGCGGGGCGCCCGCCGCCACCAAAUUACUACGAUCCCAAUACGCCUCGGUUUCUUGAUGGCAGGAGAAUACGCUAG